GAAUGUGUUUUAUUAAUGUAUUGUAGGUGUCAGCUCUGUGCUGUGCUGGUGGAGAACAGAACCUGAUCAUGCUGGAUCGGAGCGUCCAUAAACCCAGCGUGGCCGGCACCGUGGGCUGGGCCGGGUCCACCUUCGGACCGCUGACCAAGACCCGCAUCGGGGAACACGAGUUCGAGGCCCUCAUGAGAACCAUGGAUAACCUGCCCAGUGCGUCUCCUACCACUCCUCUACUGCACCAUAAAGACUGUUUCACUGACAAAGUAUCCUUCUGCGUAGACCAAGUUUCAUUUAACAUUAGCAGCUAAAUAUCCCUAGGUCUUUUUAUAUAGAGUUUCCUGUUUUUACUGUAAAUGAGCAUUACAUCUUUCUGCCUUGAGAACAUUGGUCUGAUUCUCUCGGGUAAUAUUCUUCUAUUCAACCAAAAAAUAUUACUCUUUUAUUAUCAAUUAAUUAUAUUUAUAAGAUGGAAUAGGUCCAGUGCUGUUACCUUGAACGUUUCACAAAGCCCACUGCGUUUUAAAGCAGAUCAAAAUGCUGCGCCACAGCGGAUAGGUAUUCCAUCUGAUAUCAAAAUAAACAUUUAUAAACCCUUAUCUUAGCAAAAUGAAGCCUGCUGUCCUGCUACAGAGCAACAAUGAGGUGGCCACCCUAACUAUGACAGGCAGAAAUAUAAUGACUAGACCAGGGGUUCCCAACCUUUUUCCCCGAGAGCCCCCCCAAAUGA